GAAAAUGUAGAAAAAAUACCUUUUUUGGUUGAAAAUAUGUUGAAAAUAUGUAUUUUUGGUUGAAAAGUGUUUUUUCAAUGUUUUGUGCUCACUGAGAGCGUACUGAUCACACUGUGAUGGAGCUGAAUGUUGAUUAAGUGUCAUUUUUGACCACAUGGAUAACAGCCACAUGAAAAGAGGAAGCAGAUAAAGUUGAGGCUACAGACCGAACACAUUUGGCAUGAGUCUUGACGUUUCUUCGCACACCAUAACUUCUUGGAAAUAGAACUACAGAAUUCACUGAACAUUGAAUCGGAGACUAGGGGACCUGUCCUCCUGCGCACCCCGGGAAACAUGCUCCUCUUCUGGAUGUCUUGUGGAUCACUUCUCCCUCUCCUGGUCCUUUGCUAUAACGGACAAGAACGCUGCGCAAUCCAGGACAACAAACAAUAUCAUGUGUCCCCUGUGCUUGAGUCCCUGCGGUGCUACAAUGACUACAGCUCCUACGUCCGCUGUAGCUGGGAGGAGAGUCCACACCCGUCCUCACAACCGUUAGCCCUGUACUACUGGGACAGCACUGAGAACCGUGAGUCCUUGUGUAAACCCUAUGGUCAGCCAGUACUGAAUCCCAACAGCAUCAAGCUCACUGCCCAGUGUCAGUACAACACUGGUUACUUUGGCAUCAAUACCAACCAUGUCUUCUUCUUCAAUACCUCCUGUCCCCCUGCCCUGCUUCUGUCUAAGAAUGUGAGGGUGCGUACACCAGUCCACCUAUCACAGAAGCCUGUAGAGAGAGGGGGCCGUUUGCUCAGCUGGAAAAGCCCCUACCCCCCAACGUCCCUCCUGACCCCCAUUCUCAACUACCAGGUCAACUACAGGAGGUCUAACCACGAUGACUGGACAGCAGUGGAGGUUCAGGACACCCAGCUGAGUGUGAAGGCUGAAGCUCAGGUGCCCGGCUUCCAGUAUGAAGCCAAGGUGAGGGCAAGGGGGAAGACGGGACUGUGGAGCGAGUGGAGCCCCCUAGUGACCUGGUUGACUGAGGAGGACCCUGUGCCAGGCCCCUCCAAUGCGCAGUGUGUGUUGGAUAAUGAGACUGCGGUGACAUGCAGCUGGGAGGUGAAGAGAGACCUGGCUCAGUUCCUUACCUUCCAUCUGUCCUGCAAACACAACCACGCUGCACCAGCCCAGAAAUGCUGUGAUAACACCAUGGUCAGCACUCCAUCCAGGGGUCCAAUGCUCAAAUACAUCUGCUCCUUCCAUGUCCAAGACUUAGAGCAGCUAGAGGUGGAGCUCGUACCCACACGCAACAGCAAAAAGUUUAAGACACACAAAAACAUUCGUCCAAACCGUCCACUCAAAGUGCAGGUAGAAGAGAGAGAUGGGAACUGGAUUCUAAAAUGGAAUCAGCCAGAAUCUAAGGUUGAUCUGACCUAUCAGGUGCACUACUGGAGUAAUGAGACUCAGGAGGAUACUACGUUCCUCAAUGUCUCCCAGGGGUCCCACUCGCUCUCCAUCCUGGGGGUGUCCCUGCGCCCCUCUGAGUGCUACCUGGUUAAGGUGAGAGCCCUGGUGGUCCCGGGAAAUGGUGAUACUUUUGACGGACUCCCCUCAGAAUGGACCGACCCAGUGGAGUGGACCACACAACCAGCUUCCUGGUCCAUCACCACCUUCCUCUACGUCUUCAUCGGUAUACUGGUGGCCAUUGUCUUCAUCGCUCUCUAUGUUACCAUACCAGCCUGUCACAGGAGGGUAGUCCUGUGGGAGGUGUCUGUCCCGUCGCCCCUCAAGAGCAAGGUACUGGGAGAGGUCAUUAAGAAGUCUCCUGAUAGGUUGUUAUUCCAUGAGAGUGAGAGAAGUGAGAAGACCUACAUCUGCAGAGUACAGACACUGGAGAGCAGGGAGGAUAACAGUCUCUGCUCAAGCUGCUCUUCAGAUAGUCCAUUGUGGUUGAACCCAGAUGUAAAGGCCAAUGGACUGUUCCAUUCCAUUACCAAGGAGGGGUGGAAGAAGUAUGACCCAAACUCUUCCUCCCUCCAUUUGCUGUCUGUGGACAGAUCUGGCCCUCCUGCUCUAGACUCAUCCGGCUUCAGCUUCAGUGGCCCUUACAUCUUCUGUGGCAACAGUUCACCGCCGCCCUGUGAGGAGUCCGACAACACUCUCUCUAACUCUAAACCCACUUCUCCGUCCUCCUCGGAGAGGUCUGCCCCAUCCCACUUGGAGUCGAGUGAGAGCUACGUGGUGAUGCCUCAGGCCUGUGCUGGCCUGUCCAGAUCAACAGAGGGAGUGUCUGAUGGUGUUAUGAGCGCUGUAGUAGCGGACAACAGUAAGAACACUGGUAACAACAACGGCAACAACGACAUCAUGGCAUGGCCCAAGUCAGAGCUCCUCCCACCCGGACCUAGCUCUAUGCCCACCUGCUCACCACCCAGUGAGAAUGAAAACCCUCCUCCAGCGUACACACCGCCCACCACCACAACCACCCCCCUCACCUUGACCCCAGUGGGCCCUACCCUACACACCUCUGGGUACUGCUUCCUCCCGGCCCUACAGGCGCUUGGGGGCUGGGGCAAUGUGCAGUCUUCUGGACCACCUAAAGGGGGCAGUCAAGAGCAGCAGGCCUGUAGGAGGGAGAUGAGGCAGGAGGAGCAGUGCAAGGAGGAUCCCUAUGUCAGACUGUCCCAGCUAGCCACUUAGCUAACUAGCUAACCCCAUCUAAUGCUGGACAACAUGAGGGCCACUAUACGUCACUGUUCUCAAUUUUUUAUCCAUUCUAACACUAACACACCUGUCUCAUCUAAUCACAGAGCUUGAUUAUUAGUUGGACUAGUUUAUUCAGGUGUGUUAGUGUUGGAAUGGACCACAUGUGUAAAACUACUGAUUUGUGGUCACUGAAGACUGGGUUGAGAUUGAGAAACACUUCUAUUCCUGGGAAGGAGAACUGUUAGAGCCUCCCUUGAUUACGCACAAUGCCCAGCAGAUGGCAGCACUGUACUUACUGUGUAUCUGUUGAACUCACAGAGGUGGCCUAUUUAUUUAUUUGACCUUUAUUUAACUAGGCAAGUCAGUUAAAAACAAAUUCUUAUUUUCAAUGACAGCCUAGGAACAGUGGGUUAACUGCAAAACGUCGGAUUUGUACCUUGUCAGCUCGGGGAUUCAAUCUUGCAACCUUUCGGUUACUAGUCCAAUGCUCUAACCACUAGGCUACGCUGCCGCCCCCAUGGAUUCUACUGUAAGGACUAACUACAAACACAGAAGCAUUCCUCUCUGGGUGGUAAGGUGACUGAGGGCCAGAUUCCCAGGUUUCCACCACAUCACAUGGAUGGUACAUGUGUAACAGGGUGGCACUGUUGAGUAUGUGAACGCAGCCUUAUGCCUCUGUCAGUGCCAGUGGCUGUUCAUGUCGUUCUACAGCAGGGGUCAGCCCGCGGGCCGCAAAGUGCUGUGUUACAGAAUGCAGAAUGGUGAUGACGGUCUCCUGGUCAAAUGUCAUUCGUCACAAGCUUUGUAAACAACUGGUGUAGACUUAAGGUGAAAUGCUUAAUUAUGGGCCCUUCCCAACAAUGCAGAGAGAAAAAUAUAGAAAAAAAGAAUAACACAAGGAAUAAAUCCACAAUGAGUAAUGAUAACUUGGUUAUAUACACAGCGUACCAGUACUGAGUAGAUGUGUAGGGAUACGAGAUAAUUGAGGUAGAUAUGUACAUAUAGGUAGGGGUAAAGUGACUAGGCAACAGGAUAGAUAAUAAACAGUAGCAGCAGCGUAUGUGAUGAGUCAAAAGAGUUAGUGCAAAGAGAGUCAAUGCAGAUAGUCUGGGUAUCUAUUUAAUUAACUAUUUAGCAGUCUUAUGGCUUGGCGGUAGAAGCUGUUCAGGGUCCUGUUGGUUCCAGACAUGGAGUAUCGGUACCGCGUCGUAGCAGAGAGAACAGUCUGUGACUUGGGUGGAUGGAGUAUUUGACAAAUGUUUUCCUCUGACACCGCCUGGUAUAGAGGUCCUGCAUGGCAGGGGCAUACGCACUACUCUCUGUAGCGCCUUGCAGUCAGAUGCCAAACCAAGCAGUGAUGCAGCGAGUCAAGAUGCCUUUAAUGGUGCAGCUGUAGAACUUUUUGAGGAUCUAAGGGCCCAUGCUAAAUAUUAUCAGCCUCCUGAGGGGGAAGAGGCAUUGUCGUACCUUCAUCACAAAUGUGUAGGUAUGUGUGGAUCAUGUUUAUUUGUUAGUGAUGUGGAACUAAGGAACUUGAAUCUUUCAUCCUGCACCACAACAGCCCAUCAAUGUGGUAGGAGCGUGCUCAGCUCUCCGUUUCCUGUAGUCCACGAUCAGCUCCUUUGUCUUGCUGAUGUUCACAUUUCACAUUUUUGUCAUUUAGCAGACACUCUUAUCCAGAGCGACUUACAGUAGUGAAUGCAUACAUUUCAUAAUUUUUUUUCUCCGUACUGGUCCCCCGUGGGAAUCGAACCCACAACCCUGGCGUUGCAAACACCAUGCUCUACCAACUGAGGGAGAGGUUGUUGUCCUGGCACCACACUACCAGGUCACUGACCUCCUCUCUGUAGGUGGUCUCAGCAACCUUAAUGAUGGUGUUGGAGUUGUGGGCAGCCAAGCAGUCGCAGGUGAACAGGGAGUACAAGAGGGGACUAAGCACGCACCCCUGAGGGGCCCACAUGUUUUAAUGUUCUGCGUGGCAAGAUUUUUGCUUUCUUGGUUAAAUGUGAGAACACAUUUCAAAAAUAGAGGGGAAAGAUGUAACAGGGUGGAACUGUUAAGUUGGUGAAUGCAGCCUUGUGCCUCUGUCAGUGCCAGGCGUGUGAGAUUGUAAUUAAGGGUGUGGCCUUCAGUAUUUAACCUGGUUGUUCUUGUUGUUCUACAGAUUGGCAUUACCAUGAGAAGGUUGGCAUGUGCAGGGAGGAUGGGAGUGGUGACACUGGGUUAGUCCAAAUUCUGAAGCAUAUCCGGGGAUCUUGUGUUUAUGGCAAGAAUACCCAUAUGCCAAUUUGACCCGCUCUCCUUCACCUAUGGCAUGCCCUCCUGAGAGUAUUGUGCAACAUGUUCUGUGACCACGAGUAAUUGAUCUGAUCUGUGUUAUGCCAUAGCUCAGGCAUAUAUCGAAUGUAAUUGUGGAUUUGUAUGUCAACUAAAGUUUGUUUAUGUCCUGUGAUAUGGAAUCAGUAUGAGCUAGAGCUUCCAAGGAACAUGUAUGCCUGGAGAUGAAGAUGAAAAUAUUGUUUUGUUUGCUGUAAAAUAAAUGAAUGUUGUUCGCUA